UUUACUUUGAAAGUCCCUACCGGAAGCUGUGUUCGUGUUCACGGGUGUCUUGACGCCGUGACGCCGCUGAGCGCUCUGCCCUCCGUUGUGAGCUCUCCUGUUACGACGCCGCGCUUCAGCAGCUCCUAAUCUGCAGUGUAAUGGCAGGUUGGCUUCCUGCUGCUUCCAGUUUAUCACAGACAGACUGUAAACAUAAUACUCAGUGCUUCAUGCAAGUAAAACUGCUCUAAGGCUUACUGCGACUUCAAAUAAAGAUCAUCAUCAGGAGGUUUGACAGCCAUCAGCGAUAAUGGGAAUAAACUCCUGGACCACCUUACCUGGCGCUCCGUGCCUCUAGAUGCUGCUCAGCCCUGUGUUCACCUCACUGCUGGGAUUUAGCAGCUACCUGUUAAUGUGCUGACAGAUGUUUUCUGAAGCCGUGUGCCUAAAGGAGCUUUGAAAAGACGAGAAAAAAUUGGCCUCGGCUGCUGCCUGUGAGCAGUUUGCGUGUCUGUGGUUAGGUCUGUAAUCAUGGGGAAAGAACAGGAUCUGCUGGUGGCAGUGAAGAGUGGAGAUCUCCUGCUGGCUCACAAGCUUCUCUCUAAAGUCAAGUGCAACAAAACCAAGCUGCUGGGCUCUACCAAGAGGCUGAACAUCAACUACCAAGACUCAGACGGCUUCUCGGCGCUGCAUCAUGCCGCUCUGACGGGCACCGUGGAGCUGCUGUCUCUGCUGCUGGAGGCCCAGGCCACCGUGGAUAUCAAAGACAUAAACGGCAUGCGUCCCCUCCACUACGCAGCCUGGCAGGGUAAAGCCGACUCCGUUCUAUUGUUGCUGCGAGCUGGCGCUUCAGUCAACUCGCCGUCCCAUGAUGGACAGAUACCGUUACAUCUCUCCGCACAGUAUGGACACUAUGAGGUGUCUGAGAUGUUGCUGCAGCACCAGUCUAAUCCCUGCCUCAUGAACAAGGCUAAGAAGACACCGCUAGAUUUGGCCUGUGAGUUUGGCAGAGUGAAGGUGACUCAGUUGCUGCUGAGCAGUAAUAUGGUGGCAGCCCUGUUAGAAGGAGAAGGAGGAAACAACAGCCUGGACUCUCCCUCCACCACCCCCCUCCACCUGGCAGCCAGGAAUGGACACAAAGACAUCAUCAAGUUGCUCCUUAAAGCUGGCAUCGACAUUAACAGAGCCACCAAAGCGGGGACGUCUCUGCACGAAGCUGCCCUCUAUGGCAAAACAGAUGUAGUGCGGCUGCUGCUGGACGCGGGCAUCAAUGUGAACAUGCGGAACACGUACAACCAAACAGCUUUGGACAUCGUCAAUCAGUUCACUACUUCCACAGCCAGCAGGGAGAUCAAGCAGCUGCUGAGAGAAGCAUCAAGUUCUCUUCAGGUCAGAGCAGUGAAGGACUACUGGAAUCUCCACGAUCCUACUGCACUUAACCUUCGUGCUGGAGAUCUGAUCAUGGUCCUGGAGCAGCACUCAGACGGCCGGUGGAAAGGUCACAUCCAUGACACCCAGCGGGGGACGGACCGGGUGGGCUUUUUCCCCCCUUCAGUGGUGGAGGUCCUCAGCAAGAGAGCAGGGGGCACUCUGUUCCGCCAAGCUUCAGUGCCUUGCCAACGACAGCACUUUGUGUCCAGAGCUCCACCCUUAAUCCACGGCCCCGCCCCUCAGACUGACGACUCAUACAUCCUCGGCUAUGACCCUGCAGGUGCUCCAUCGGGCAGUGAGCUCUCAACCCCAGCUAGUUCUUCUAGCUCCACUCAGGACAUUUGGGUCCUCAGGAGCUCUCCCACUGGUGACAGGAACAGUGUUGGCAGUGCCGGCAGUGUGGGCAGCAGUCGCAGCGCAGGUAGUGGCCAGAGCUCAGAGAGCGGCCACAAACAGAACGGGAUUCACAGCUGCCACAGUGCUGCCACAGUCAAGCUGGCUCCCUCUGCUGGUGAAUCAAGAGAACACGUCACAGGUGUGGACCACAGCAAACAGGUGGAUGGAUCCACAGGUGGUUCUUGCCACCAGGUUAACGGCACUCCUCAGAAAGGCUUUGUGAGGCCCGAACAGCUUCUGGAAGGGAAGGACUCUGAAGCAAUCUACCAGUGGCUGUGUGAGUUCCAGCUCGAGCAGUACACGUCCAACUUCCUCAGUGCGGGAUACGAUGUACCCACCAUUAGCAGGAUGACCCCUGAGGAUCUCACAGCCAUCGGAGUGACCAAACCAGGCCACAGGAAGAAGAUCUCCAUGGAGAUCGGCAAGCUGAGCAUUCCUGAGUGGCUCCCAGAUUACAUUCCUUCGGACUUGGGGGAAUGGCUGAGUGUGAUUGGAUUGCCUCAGUACCAGAAGAGGCUGUGUGACAAUGGCUAUGACUCCAUUACCAUCGUCAAGGACAUCACCUGGGAGGACCUGCAGGAGAUAGGCAUCACAAAACUAGGCCAUCAGAAGAAACUAAUGUUAGCAGUGAAGAGACUGUGUGACCUGCACCGCUCUCGUAACCAUGCCGACAGAACUGGAGGCGGGACUCUCAGACGAAAGCCGCCUGCUGCCCUUGAGCUGGUGGCUAUCGAACACACCCCGACGCACAACGCUCACACACGCACCGACGCUCCGUCCAACAACUGUUGCUCCUCCCCUCGCACUCCCAGAGCCCUCCUCUCCUUCCAGGACAGCGAGCUAAGCGUGGAGCUGCAGAGCGCUAUGAUGGGUAAGGGGGGAGGAGGUCCCGCUGAGAUCUUCGCCAUUAGAGGCGUGUCCUCUGCUGCAGGUGUACCUGCCAUGUCAGUCAGUCAAGAGAGCAUCGGCAUGCGCUCGCGUGGCUCAGGGAAUUCUGGAAACUCUGGAAACUUAAAUUUAGGACAUUCUCAGGAUCAUCAGGCCGCACUGUCCUUAGCCAGGACAUCGAGCCGGUCUGAGGAGAGUUUGGGUAGUGGUGCUGGGGAGGAGGUGAAGAGUGGAAGAAGCAGUCCUAGAGGCAGAAGUAGACAGAGACCCACUGAGUCAUGGGAGCACCAGAAUCAGUCUGCUGUCCCAAGUAAGGUCCCCUUCUCCCCCCUCACACCUCCACUAACACCCAGCAAGAUGCCCCGAUUUGCCUACCCGGCAGUACCGCCUAAAGCCAAACACUUCCAGUCUCCUAACCGCCCCUAUCAGCCUCAGCACCACCCUCCCUCCUCUUCAUCGUCACCAUCCCCGCAGCCUUCCUCGACACAGAAGGCGUUCAGUUACAUCCAGGCUCAGGCCGAGGUAGUCAGCGGGGUUCAGCGAGUACUUUCCAAGCCCCUGCCUGGGGCUGUCUCCCUGUUGGGGCCCUUAACUGUACAGGCCCCAGCUAAUGGCACCCAAAAAGGCCCACAAAAGAAGCGUUCCCAAAGCCUGACUCGCUAUGCUCUGUCAGAUGGUGAGCCGGAUGAAGAUGACCAUCCUGCUCCCCCCUGUACCUCUGCUUCCUCUGCAGUCAUGCCAUCCUACGCCACCCUGUCACGCAGGCCGGGACGUGGGCACGCGAGUGCUUCAGGGGCCCAGCGUCACAUCAACCGCAGCCACUCCUUUGCCGUGCGCUCUCGACGCAAAGGCCCACCCCCACCACCGCCUAAGAGGAUGAGCUCGGUAAACGACAGCCAUGCGUGUCAACCAGGAAGCCACCAAGGAGUGGAGCCAGAGGGGAAGGGAGGGGUGGAGACAGAGAGUGCAGGCAGCGUGAGGAGCAUCGCAGCCAGGCUGGAAGGCAACAGCAGCAGCCCAUCUAGGAGAAUAGAUAUACCACCAACCCACAUCCCUGCUUCACCGGCAUUCAGCCCUGUUUCCUCACCGAUCCCACGUGGAAUCCCUUCUCACACCAUCACACAGCACACCAAGUCUGUCCCAGCCUUGGGUCUUGGGGGCCUAAGGAGGGCAGGAAAUGAGAGGACAGAAGGAGACUCUGACAGACAAAGAGUUAGAAGUACAGAGAGAGAAACUGGUGAGAAAGACCGAGCAAAGAAAAGUGAAAAAAUGUCAAAGAGUGCCACUGCAUCUCCAAAGCACAGGUCCAAGGACCAUCUACCAUUUGCUGAAGAAGGUAACCUGACUAUCAAACAGCGACCCAGGAUACUAGUGGUUCCUGCUGAGGUUAAGACUCCUUCAGAGGCUGUGCAGACCCCAAACAGCUUGGAACUCCCAGAGUUCAAUCUGAAGGAGUCUGACACAGUGAAAAGACGGCACAAACCCAAAGAUAAAGACGCACUCAGUCCUGAGGAAGCUAGCAUCCUCCACAGAGAUGACAGCCACUCACAACCCAACAACCUCCACGCACAUAAUGACAUCAGCACGCUGAGUGACGAUGAAGGUCAGAGGACAGGCAAUGUCUUCCGAAGGAUGGGUUCAACGGGAAAAGGCCCAAAACCUCCAGUGUCCUCCAAACCGUCCAGUCCUCUCAAACAAACCCCCAGCAGCACACCAACAACUCCUGAAAAAACUGCUUCUUCACUGCAACCGAGUGGACAAACAGCCAUCCCUAAACUCACCAGCGUGCAGAUUCACACCGUCUCCCCAAAGCUGAGGAGCAACAUGCACCCCCUCACUUGUAUGCCCAGUCCUAAACUCGUGAAGCCCCCACAGAGGGUCAUGUCAGAACCUGAGAGUCCACAGAAAGCUGUUACUGUAUCAAGACUCCCUCAGAACGCCACAGCCUCCGCAGCAACAGCAGGUCUGAAUCUCAGCAGGGUUCAAAGUGUUGCCUUUGCCGCUCCGCCCUCCCCACUGCCGAACUCUUGCUACCCCACUGGGGUACUACCCGGUCAGGCAGGAAAAGGAGGGGUAACCCCACCCGGUGUGGCCAGUGUGGAGGUGCUGGCCCAGAAGAGACUGGAGCAAACCAGUACAUCACUGGAAGCUGCUCUCAAAGUAGUGGAGACCAAACUGGCCCAGGAGAGCAGCGUGGACGGUGGGAGCAGCACAGUGAAGGCAGCAGGCAAUAUUCUGGAUGACAUUGGCAACAUGUUUGACGACCUGGCCGACCAGCUGGACGCCAUGUUGGAGUGACGCCACAGUUUGUCACAUGCAGAAAAAGUUCUUUUCUCCAGGAAGCGGCAGAAACAGACUGGAGCAGCAGGGAGCUCAGGAUGGAUCUUUGAAGCCGUGAAGAACAGAGAGCGUGGAGAUCAGCACUUCCUGGGGUCUCAGAUCAGGCAGUAAUAUUUGAGGGUUUUCCUGCUUAACCUUUCCUCUGUUUCCAAUGUGAACACUUCGCCUUAGGACACACACCUGGGAAUGUUACUGGAUCGACUACAAGCAGCAGCCUCGAGCUUCAAGAUGAUCUUUGGCUGCUCUUCCAGAUGUUGUUCAGGACAUUAUUACUAAAAGGGAAUGAGGGGCCAUUGUAUACAUGUAAGCUGUAGAUAUACAGAUCAGUGCAUCUGUGUGUGCACUGAACAUAUUAACUUGAUUAUAUUUAUACAGUUUGUUUUGGACCAAAAGAGUUCCUGCUUUAACUCAUUAUGUUGUAUAUUAGCAACAUAGUUUUUUAUUUAUAUAUAUAUAUAUAUAUAUAUAUAUAUAUAUAUAUAUUGCUGCUUAUAGUCUGUUACAGUUACUGUUUAAUGUAGUAAAAGUGUGAUAUUUCAUAAAUGUAUAUUUGAUUGGACUGGAAUUGUUUUUACCAAAGUCUUUAAACCAUAAACAGAUGUUUAACAGCUGGGAGGUCGUCUCAGGUUUCCUGUAAACGAGAAAGAUGAUUUUAAACAUGUUAGUGACUGCACGCUGCUAUGGAGGGUCAGUGGUGCCAAAAUGUUUAACUGGCUUAUUAACUGAUAUGUUUGUAUUUUCAAUUUGAUAUUUUUAUCUACAUUCAAAUUAAUGAAUAAUUGGAUGUUGAUUUGAAAUGGCACUAAUUUUUAAAAAGCUUUUUCGAACAUUUCUUAAUUUUGAUUUCACACGAUUUAGCAGUUACUGUUUCCAUUUUUAAACUGUUUAAAUGUUCGGAGUGUUCAGAGGGAAACAGCAGAAGCUUUUUCACUCUCUCAGCUCUUUAAAUGCAGUUUAUGGUCACCAAAUAGAAACUUUAAAUGCUAAAGAACAAAACUAAUGAUGGUUUAUUAUGUACAGAACUGAACUGUAAAACUUUGAGUUUUAUAUCAAUUACUGUGGCAUACUCCAGCCUCCAUAGAGCAGGGACCUUUCUCACAAAUGUAGGUAACCAGCUAACUUUGAUGAUAAAAACUGUUCUGACCUUUGUUCUUGUUCUCUAAGAAUAAUUACUUUUCUCUGCCGCAGUGAAGCAACCAGCAGUUUCGUGCUGGAAUUAAAUCUGUUACUCUGAGAAGUUUAUUGUAGCACUGACAGUGCUUCCUUCCCUGUUCACGUUAAAGUUCUCAGUCUCUGACCACAGCUGACUGUCCAGUUCAAUACGUGUUUGUGAACCUUUCUUAUUCAGUGAGGACCUUUUAGAAAAGCCUUCAGCCAUCUUUAAUUCUUCCUUCAUUCCUCUGCACCCCCUCAUUUUAAAAAUGCACUCAGACCUUUGCUGGGAAGAUUUGGUUAAAAGAAAGGAAGUUGGCUUGUUACAUUUUUUAGAUAUUUAUGCAAAGUUUCUUCCUCAGUUGUUUCACUGUUUUUGUUUUGAUGAAAUACUUUUAUUAGUGUUUCCUUCUGAAAUCUGUGUCAUCCCAGAAAUGAUUAAAAGAGGAAUUUGUAUGGA